UAUCACAAUUACUUAUCUGAUAUAAGAAUUAUUAAGAAAUCUGUGAUCCUCCAUUUCAGUUUUGAUUAAAUUGGUUAUUGUGGGUGGACGUCGUGGUCUCUUUCAAUUGAACAAAGUUUGAGGACCAUAUUUUUCCACACAUCCUUUCCAAGACUUUUGCUCUAGUAUCUUCACGUAUUGGGUUUCCUUACAUUGCGGGAUAAGAGGGGUGUGUGUGGAGGGAGGGGAGCUGGUAUCUGACAAAGCUUCUUGCCGGCGAAGCAGGAAGGGUGAAACGUCAAACUACGCUCAGACGUGCUGCUUGCUGGAGCUCUCGCCAGGCGUGUCAGAUUCUGUUCGUAGCAAAGUUAAAGAAGCAUGAGGGAAAUCGUGCAUCUACAAGCCGGCCAGUGCGGCAACCAGAUCGGUGCUAAGUUUUGGGAAGUCAUAUCUGAUGAACACGGCAUUGAUGCUACUGGUACCUACAAAGGUACCUCAGAUCUUCAGCUGGAAAGAAUUAGUGUGUACUACAAUGAGGCAUCUGUUGCAACUUCGUCAACAGGUGGCAAGUAUGUUCCACGUGCUAUUUUACUGGAUCUAGAGCCAGGCACAAUGGAUGCAGUUCGUGCUGGUCCAUAUGGACAGUUGUUCCGCCCUGAUAACUUUGUGUUUGGACAAAGUGGGGCAGGAAAUAACUGGGCCAAGGGUCAUUACACAGAAGGCGCUGAACUUGUGGACACUGUGCUGGAUGUUGUCAGGAAGGAAUGUGAGAACUGCGACUGUCUUCAGGGGUUCCAGCUCACACACUCUCUAGGAGGAGGAACUGGCUCUGGAAUGGGAACGCUCCUUAUUUCAAAAAUCCGAGAGGAAUACCCUGAUAGGAUUAUGAAUACUUACUCUGUUAUGCCGUCACCAAAGGUCUCCGACACAGUGGUGGAACCAUACAAUGCUACCUUAUCAGUCCAUCAGCUAGUUGAAAAUACAGAUGAAACAUACUGCAUCGACAAUGAAGCUCUCUAUGACAUUUGUUUCCGUACUUUGAAACUCUCUAACCCAUCUUAUGGAGACCUGAACCAUCUAGUUUCCCUCACAAUGUCUGGCGUCACCACUUGCCUCAGGUUCCCAGGUCAGCUAAAUGCUGAUCUCCGUAAACUCGCCGUCAACAUGGUUCCAUUCCCACGACUCCACUUCUUCAUGCCAGGUUUUGCUCCUCUGACUUCUCGUGGUAGCCAACAGUACCGAGCCCUCACAGUACCAGAACUCACCCAACAGAUGUUUGAUGCCAAGAAUAUGAUGGCUGCCUGUGACCCAAGGCAUGGCCGUUACCUCACGGUUGCCGCUAUUUUCAGGGGUCGAAUGUCUAUGAAGGAAGUUGACGAGCAAAUGCUGAGUGUGCAGAAUAAGAACAGCAGCUACUUUGUGGAAUGGAUUCCUAACAAUGUUAAGACGGCUGUUUGUGAUAUACCUCCAAAGGGACUGAAGAUGUCUUCCACAUUUAUUGGCAACACAACAGCAAUUCAAGAAUUGUUCAAGCGCAUUUCUGAACAGUUUGCAGCCAUGUUCAGGCGUAAGGCUUUCUUACAUUGGUACACAGGGGAAGGCAUGGAUGAGCUGGAGUUCACAGAGGCUGAGUCUAAUAUGAAUGACUUGGUGUCUGAGUACCAGCAGUACCAGGAAGCAACUGCCGAAGAUGACUAUGGAGAUGAUGGAGAUCAAGGAGUUGGUGGAGAAAUGGCAGAAGAAGAAUAUGUUGAUUAUGAACAAGGCGAGACAUGAUCAAAUUUUUAUGGGGAUCAAUGAUGUGAUUCUUGGAGUUUUUGCUUUCCAGUCAUAAAUUUCUCUGCAUUUUUAUUACUCAUUUUUAUGUACCAGAUAAUUCUUGCAGUGGUCAAGGGAUUUUGUUUUGAAAGUUUUGCAAUUAUUAUUUAAUCAAAAAAUCAGACUGAUUUUGUCACUAGUUAAGUUUCAUUGUAAUGUUACUAUUAAUAUUCAAGAAUUGCAUUUCAAAUUUAUCGAUAACAAAGUUCUGCAUUUGAAAAAUGCAACUGCGAAAGGUAAUAUAUUUUGAAUUAUACAAAAUGUUUUAUGUUUAGAACAUAACCACUAAGUGAACACUUCUUCUCUUUAGUUAUGUCAUAACUAUUGCAUUUUGUUCAAGUAUGUUUCUUGAAUGAGAGAUGGAAAAUUGCUAAGUGAGUCCAUUUUUAAGUAAAAGCUACUCGUUUUGUUCUGGGGUUUCGUAGUUUUCUCUUUCAGUGAGCAAACUCACUUAUCCCUAUUUGUUGUGUAGAGAAGGAACAUUUUUAAUAUCGUCAUGAAAUGUGGGCUUCAGAUGUAUUUCAGAUUACUUAUUUUUGUUCUGUAAAUUUGUUGUCUGUCAUGGACUGAACAAGUGCCUAUAGCUAAUAAGAAUAAUAAUAGUUUGUGUAAUGUUUAUAUCUUUUGGAAUAUGAAACUUGAUACCAUUAAGAUAGUUAUAUAUUUCAAAUGUAUUGUAUUGUAUUUAGUAUCUAAGAAUAUAAUAUUUGAAAGGCAA